AUGGCGACGGCGGGGGUGAUAGUAGGAAUGCUGGUGGCGGCGGCGGCGGCGGCGGCGGUGAUGAUGGUGGGAAUAGGUGCGGCGGUGGACGUCGACGACGUCGGAGUACAUCAUCAUUCAAGAGACAUAGGCAAUUCUGCCAACUAUACUUCAACUGCGGCUAUUGAUCAGGCGAAGAAUGGUGGCGGAGUGAGUUAUGAUGGAAGGUCUGUAAUCAUCAACGGCCACCAUCGAAUCCUUUUCUCCGGCUCCAUCCAUUACCCUCGCAGCACUCCUCAGAUGUGGCCAUCGUUGAUCUCAAAGGCAAAAGAGGGAGGGUUGGACGUUAUACAGACGUACGUAUUCUGGAACUUGCAUGAACCUCAACAAGGACAGUUCGAUUUCAGUGGAAGAGCAGACAUAGUGAGAUUCAUCAAGGAAAUCCACGCUCAGGGACUCUACGUCACUCUCCGAAUCGGACCUUUCAUCGAAUCCGAAUGGACUUAUGGGGGACUGCCCUUUUGGUUGCACGACGUUCCUGGCAUUGUCUUCCGUUCAGAUAACCGACCAUUCAAGGAUCACAUGCAAAAGUUCGCGGCCAAAAUAGUCAGCAUGAUGAAAUCGGAGAAUCUGUACGCUUCACAAGGCGGCCCCAUCAUACUAUCACAGAUUGAGAACGAGUACCAGACGAUAGAAUCGGAUUUCGGUGACAAGGGACCUGCAUAUGUUCGUUGGGCUGCAGCCAUGGCGGUACGACUUCAAACUGGCGUUCCCUGGCUUAUGUGCAAGCAGGAAGAUGCACCGGAUCCUGUGAUUAACACAUGCAAUGGAUAUAGAUGUGGACAGACAUUCAAAGGACCUAACUCCCCAAAUAAGCCAUCCAUGUGGACCGAAAACUGGACAAGUUUCUUGCAAGUAUACGGCAAUGAAACGAAAAAAAGAUCAGCCCAAGAUAUCGCGUUUCAUGUUGCCCUAUUCAUAGCCAAGAAUGGAAGUUAUGUAAACUAUUACAUGUACCAUGGAGGAACAAAUUUUGGAAGAACUGCUGCUGCUUUUGUAACGACGAGUUACUAUGAUCAAGCACCUAUAGAUGAAUACGGUUUAAUCAGACAGCCGAAAUGGGGUCAUCUUAAGGAAUUACAUGCCACAAUAAAAUCCUGCUCCCAGACUUUGCUUACUGGGGUGCAACAAACAUUUUCUUUGGGACAGCAUCAGAAAGCUUAUGUCUUUCAAGGGAAGUCAAAGGAAUGUACCGCCUUUCUAGUCAACAAGAACAGGACACAUGCAGCCAGAGUCAAGUUCCAGAAUACUUCAUACAUACUGCCCCGAUGGUCAGUAAGCAUUUUACCAGACUGCAAGUCUGUGGCUUUUAACACAGCAAAGCUACGUGUACAACGUAACACACGAUCAAUGAUAUUGAGCCAAAAGCUAAACUCAACUGAUAAGUGGAAAGAGUAUAAAGAAACCAUCCCUGAGUUUGACAAUACUUCUAUUAGAGCAGACACAUUGUUGGACCACCUGAAUAUGACAAAAGACACCUCUGAUUAUCUAUGGUACACAUUCAGGUCCUCACUAAAUACAUCAAAUGCUCGAUCCAUGCUUAAUGUCCAUUCACAUGGACAUGUGUUGUAUGCAUACGUCAAUGGUGUACAUCAAGGGUCUGCUCAUGGAAGUCAUGGGAACAGAACUUUCACUCUCGAGAAACCAGUUAUCCUACACAAAGGAUCAAACAACAUUGCAUUACUUAGUGCAACGGUUGGAUUUCCGGAUUCAGGAGCAUUUCUUGAGCGUAAAGUUGCUGGGAUACGUAAAGUCAGCAUUCAACACAAUGAUUUCACCAACUACCUAUGGGGGUAUCAGGUUGGUUUGCUAGGAGAGAAGCUAGAGAUCUACACAGACAACGGCUUAAAUAGAAUUCAAUGGAAAAAGUUUGGGAGUUCCUCUCGCCGUCCACUUACAUGGUACAAGACAAGUUUCGAUGCACCAGAAGGCAGCGAUCCAGUUGUCUUGAACCUAGGCUCCAUGGGGAAAGGUCAAGCUUGGGUUAAUGGACAGGGAAUAGGCAGAUACUGGAUGUCGUUUCAUACACCCAAAGCACGUCCUUCACAAACUAGGUACCACAUCCCUCGGUCUUUCUUGAAACCAACAGGGAACCUUUUAGUAUUGCUGGAAGAAGAAAUGGGGUACCCCACUGGGAUUACAGUAAAUACGGUUUCAAUCACCAAAGUGUGCCAUUAUGUUUCUGAAUCACACGCAUCUGCAGCUCAGAUUAGCUGUCCUCAAAACCAGAAAAUUUCCCAAAUACUAUUUGCAAGCUUUGGAACGCCUUUGGGUGAUUGCAAAAGUUAUACAAUUGGCAACUGCCACUCACCGAAUUCUAGAGCUAUCAUAGAGAAGGCUUGCCUAGGAAGGGAGGACUGCAAUAUAAACCUUUCCAAACAUAUUUUUGGUGGUGAUCCAUGUCCAGGAAUCACAAAAUCUCUGCUGGUCGAUGCCAGAUGCUCAAGACAUUGA